CGGCUGAGAGUGGUGCCAGAGCUGUCCCGUCAGCUGUCACGUCGUCUGUCUGCAACUUUUCUCCAAAAAAACAAGCUAUCGCUAAAGUAGUGGACACAGAUGUCGAGGCAUGCGGUUCCCGAUGCAGGGAGAGAGUCGCGACUCAAAUUGCGGCAAGCAUCUCCGAACACCAAGCUGAAAAUGGCCAAGGCCAAGUGCGGCCAAAUCAGCUCUGCCCUCCUCGCCGCCAUCACUAACUCCACGCUCUACUACGCGUCGCCCGCAGUUAAUUCGCACAUACACAUCCGUGAUCGCUCUCCUAAAUUGGGAGUGAAAAACAGAGGCGGAGUACGCUCUGAACAAGAAGAAACCAAUAAAGAAAGAAGCGAGAAGCUGUAUCUACAAAACAAGACCAAAAGAAGAGAAAGAGACCAGACCAUAAUGGGGUUGACGCUGCCUGGGAUCCUCGAUCCCCUCCGCAACCCAUCCGCGGUGCCGACCUGCUUCCAAGACCAAAUACAACUUGCGAUCGCUCGUUCAUCAACGGCCGCGCGACCGCGGCUUGCAUGAUUCCACCAUCGACUCGCGCUUCAAACCAUCGGCGGUGGCGGAAGAAAAGAUUCAACUAGAAAAAAAAGAAAUUUAAAAAAAAAGG